AGAUUAUUGUGUGUGAAGUUCCCCAUGUGUACAUAUUUUUGUUCAUAUUGAAGUGGUUUUCGAUUCCAGAUGUAAUUAUAUUGUGUUGAGUAGCUGGUAGCAAUGUCACUCAGUGAAUGCACAAUGCUGUAUAUGACAACAUCACAUUUUUCAAACCAAACUGUUGUGGUAUUAAUUGAGGGUUAUUGUUCUUCUGAGGGGUGUGAAAGGAGAAGGGAAACAUGGUUCUGUAGCUGAUAAUUGUCCAUGGUCAAUGAAGUAAAACCCUGUUUUCAUAGAUGAAGAAGAUGUGUGGCUUUCAGUUGAUGUUUUACGCUUAUUUAAAAAUGUUUCUGUUUAGGUCUCUGCUCCUUUAUUGAAAAAAUCUAAGCUUCUCCAAGGGCACUUAAAAAAAAUCGUACCUGCAAGCGUACCUCUCGUUCUUCAUUUUUGAAUGUUAUCUUUUGCUAUCACUAGUUUUGUUGUUAAGUGAAGUGUCAUCACUGUUAUAUUUAAAUUUGCUAAUGCUCAUAUGGAUGCUAGGUGUUCAAACUUGGAGGCUCAAAUGUGGAUAAAGAGAGUUAUUUGGGAAAGUGAUUAUCAGAUAAUUUUGCAUCUGAUGCUAUAUGUUUAUCUAAACAAAUACACUAUGUGUUGAUCUUCAAACAAACUUUUAUGGUAUCUUUAUUGUUAUUGUCAGCAGGAGAGAUGGUUAAUUUACUUAUUUCAGUGGGGGCAAAAGUGACAAACUGAUCUCCUGUCCAUUGAUUUGACUUAAUGUGUUUUUCGUAUUACAACCAGAAACUUUAGCAUCUUCGUAGGUGGUUUUAGAGAUGAACUCUUUUGGAGGGAAAAAAUGAGGUUGCUAGGAGGCCUUUUGGAGAAUUUGUUCUAAGCGAUAACUGCAGAGACGCAGCCAUGGCUCUUGCACUUCGUCAGUGUGGCGAGCACCAUACUACUUAAAGGCAUGGUUUCUUGAGUUCUUUCUAGAACAUACACACUUGAAGUGAGACAAGUAUUUUGGCUAUGUCACCAUGAGAGAAAUAAGAGUGUCAGAUCGAACAUUCUCAUUGGCUGUCAAAGGAUCCUUUUUGUUUUUAAGACAUCAUGUUCAUCGGGUUCAUUAUGCAAAGUUUUUACCAUACUGCUAGUGUAUCACAAAGACAAAUCUGUAUGAAGAAAUAUAUGUAAGCUAUGAUGGACACUGCCAUACAAGGGAUUCUUGUUGGAUCUUCAUAUUCCAUAAUAUUUCUCCUCUUGCUUUUGUAUCAGUCCGAUUUAUUAACUGUAUUCCCUGAGGACUUACCCACCUGACACCGCCCCCCCACUCCUACCCCAGUUGGAGACAACUUUUAGAGGGGAAAAUAAACCAAAAUAAAAAUCCAUGUCUGUUCUGAAUGAGGCUUCUGAAAGAGAGAAGGGAAAAAAAAUGCCAACUCUACUAAUGGGCUUUAAAGUACUUGUGGUCAGUUUUCUUGAAGGAACAGAAUGGUAAAGUUGCCUGAGGAAAGUCCUGUUUUAUGUAUGAUGGAGUUUAUUUAUUUAUUUAUUUUUUCUUUGUACUGGGAAUCGAACUCAUGACCUCAGGCUUGCCAGGCAAGUGCUUAUGCCGCUGAACUACAUCCCCAGCUGACAGAGUUUAAUAGGGUCUAGUCUGCCCUGAAUUAUUCCUUGAUGCUGAGAUUUCUUGGUUGCGGUAACCUUACUUAUCUUCUUUGUGUUGUGCCUUUUUCAGACUGCUAGUUCACCAUGUCAUGGGGUAGAAAACUGACAAAGCUGUGUGGCAUAGUUUCAAGUUAAUGACUGGAGAAGAGCAAUGGUGUUUCAAAAGGCUGCAGUCAUAGAUUAAGAAAUAUAUAAAUAAUGAAUUCAGAUUGCAAAGGAUCUGACUUUAUAACUGGAUGGCUUGGUAUAUGGAGACUACAGAAAUUCAAAGAGAAGCAGGGAGAGAAGAUUGCCAGGAUCUAUGAGUAAAAUCCAGUGAGCUGAAAAAUAUAUCAGCUUGUUUGUGCGUUUAGGAAAGCGGGUAUCUUGUGAGAUUCACAUACUUAGGAAGUUGAUGGCUUUGGGAGAAACAUUAGCUGAAUGUUGGUGACCUAUUAAUUGAUUAUGAGAAAACAGAAGAGAGUAGAUAAUGCUAGAAGAAAAUUCCUCUCCUGUGUGAUAUGCCAAGACAUCUGGCAGAUGUUAUGUUGGGCCCUAAGGAAUGGACAGUUUAAUUUUAGCCCUAGCAAGGAAAUGGGAAGUUCUAAGCUCUUUUAAUAGCACAACUCUUAGUUUGGGGAAGGUUGCUUAAAAAAAUAAGAAAGGAAGAAAGGAAAAGAAAAGAGGCAUUUAGAAUAAUAUGAAAAGAACUCUAUGGAGCAGGGAGCAUAGGCUGAGAUUUUAGGAUGAGAGACAAAAUAUUAUUUCCCAAGCAGAAAUUAACAUGGAAGUCAUUUAAAAAUUGACAGACAUGUACACUGUAAGUGCAUGCAUAAGUGAGGGGAACGUAAUGUAUUUAAUACUGCCAGGCAGAACUUCCAAUUGAGAAGUGAGGUAUUUUUUUUUCUCUUAUGACUUAGAGAGAUAACAUACCUCAAAUACCCUCUCUGCACCCUCACUUUACUGAAGAGGAAACUGGCACAAAGACACGAAGUGACUUGAACAAGGGCAGAAAGUUCAGCUGUAAAAAAGCCAGGCCUAGAACUCGGGUCUGCCUGCAGCACAGUCCCCUUUCUACCAUCCCAGUUGCACUUGAUGGACACAUUGUGCAACAGCUGUACUCUUGAGGGCCCAGGGCUCUCUGAGAAACUGUUGUCCUACAUACACUGCUGGGACAGGAGUAUGGAUUUUGUUCAUUGCAUUUAACAUUUUGGGGGCUCCUGGGCUGGGCAUGAUGUGUUUUAGUCAGAUCCAGAGACUGAUUUUGUUCAUGUGUUUUUCAGUCAAGCUUCAGCUAUUGGGUUUGUAGUUAUGCAUUUAUCUUAAUUCUUCCUAUUCUCUCUUGUUCUACCAUCCAGGGCUUAGAAGUCCUUUUCAAAUGCCCUUCUUUGGAAAUUUGUCUGGGUCUAUUGCAGCUUACAAAAGUGCCCAGAAUUGGACUCUGAGGAUCUGUUUUGCAAUGCGGGACAGAUUUAAAUUGGCUUCUUUCAGACAUGCCAUUUUGUAAUACUGAUGAGUGACUGAGAGGGUGAAAUCCAGUCUCAAACAGUUAAUAGUGACUUUCAAGGGUUCUGUAGUCAUUCAGAAAUGUACCCUUCUUGUCUCUUCUUAGAGACCAAUUUUCUCUCAUCAACCAGUGGCUUACUACUUUCCCUACUGUCCAUAGAGUCAUAAUUAAAAUAAUUUAACAACACAAGCAACAUUUAACCAUGAAAGAUAGGAGAGUACUGUAGGAAGGGUGAAAUGGGUUUCACUUCUGUCUUCUCUUGGAUAAGCAAAAGUAUUUUCUAAGGAGGAAGAGUGAUGUUUGGAAGUUUCCACAUUUUCUAAGCUUCUUCCAAACGAAUGUGUAAAUUCUUAAUCCAGGAGGCAGGCUGGAGAAGGUAGUGCUGGAUGUGGACUUCUGGCAGAAACACAGUUAACGUUGUAAACAGUUGAACCUCAGUGUGGCACUCCUCCAAAUGAGUUGACUGUCGAAAAUAAAAUGUUCCAGAAGAACUGGGAGAACAGGAAAGAAGUUAAAACAGCAUGGUUUGCAUGCCAGUGCUGAAGGAAGAAGAAAAAAGUUUGGGGUGGGGGGGUGCUGGAAAGAAGAUAAUUGGAAGUUAAACUGUCUCCUGGAUUUGUAAGACCUAGCAGAAAUUUCCAAAUACAGGAAAGUAGAUUUUGAUGCAUUUAGAUUGUAUUUGCAGUUUCCUAGGAAGCUUUCUCCUUGAACUUUGUAUCUGGAGAACUGCACAGAUAAUAAAUGAGAAGUCCAUUGGAAGUAAUUUGGAUUUACAUUUUCUGCUUGGCAGUGCUAUCACACAAGUUAUCUUCUAAGAUAACUCUAGGGCCUCAAGGCCCUCUCGCCUCAUCCGUUGAGGCAUCCAUAGGAUAUCAGAGGUUGUUAAGUGUGAGCCUUCAACACAGAGUUGUUUUUUCUCAGGCUCAGAGAGGUAAAGUGGUGUGGUGGCAAAAGGUGCUGGUAUUGUCACCUACAGGUGCAUUGUCUUUUGCUUCUGGUGAGCAGCUUACUUGAUGGCUUCAAAGCAUUCUUUUCUAAUUCCUAGCUGGAGACAUUUCUCCUUGAGUUAUUCUUGGAGGGAAGAUUUCUUUUCAUGCCAGGUCAUGGGUAUUUUGGUAUUGAUUUCCUUGCUUUCAUGUGUUUGCUUGUUUAGUUCACUGCAUGCUGCUUCUGGAUAUUAAUAAAAUACUUACGCUGUGCCUGUUCCCAUCUGAACCCCCAUCUUCACUCAGGGAGUAGAGCCCGUCCUUUGGGGUGAAGGGAGGAUUGGUAGGUACUCAUGUGUUGAAAAGCUAAAUAAACAUUUGAAGGUGAGGAUUGUAUAACUGAAGAAGUUAUUUGUAGGUGUUCAAGUAGACUUUUAACAUGCCUGGUGCAAGGAAAGAUGAGGAAAAUACCACUAGGAAGCAAUAGAUCCUGAUUUAAAUGUUUUAGGAUCACUUAGUAGGAAAUUAGGCACUUGCCCAAGGUGAAUAAGCAGAGACUUACCUUUGGAUUCAGAUUGGUUGAAGCACAAAAGGAGCUGGAGGCCCAGGCAGGACAACUGUAUCAGAAGUAAUUAAGCCCAGGAUUUGUGGAGAGGCUUAUCUGCCGCAAAGCCCAGCUGGGGAAGGCCACACUCACUGCCUAAGCUGUUGCUUGGCCAGUUGAACGAGAAUACAAGCGAAGGCCCUUGAAUUUUGGAUUCUAAUUCUUCUCUUCUCUAUUCAGAUGUAAGAAGGUAAAGCCAUUAUUCUUCAGUUUUGCUCAUGUCUGCUCAGGGCUUCUGUUGUGAGCUGAGCUGGGAGAUGCUAGAGGCCAGGGGGCUGAAAGCUGAUUUCCUCAGAGGGAACAUUCUCCCUGUUAACACCACAAAUGUGCCUAUAACAUUGUACUUAUUACUCAGAAAAUAAUUGUGCAGUGGCACAAUGUGGGAUACUUGAAAGAUGUUUGCUGCACAAAGGUUCCAAUACUCACCUGCAGAUUAAGAAAUGGGUUUCUAAACCAUCUCAUUUCUGUUGCUAAUGAAAAGCUUUGGAAGGCACCUGUGAAUUAGAGCUCCAGCUGCUAUCAUGGUAGGGGAAGUUAGGCCUUGAAAGGAUACAUGGAUUAGCCCGUCAGAAAAGCAAACAGUAGCAUCAGCACAAGUAGAAAAUAGACAGGGUUGUUAAGCUAACAGAAAAGUAGGCUAAAGCAUUGCUGUAAUUAUAUAGUGGAAAUUUGCUGGGAAGGAGAGUCCACUGGGUUGGGAAAAGGAAAAAGAGGUAGGAGAAUAAUUGACAAGUCAAAAUAGAAGAGGACUGUCCACUGGGAAGAGCCUACAGGAAGAAGUAAGAUCUUGCUCUUAAGAAAACAAUACAGCAAGUAGAAAAAGACCUUGUAAUUUGGUACCUAUUGCAUGUGAAAUAUGAAGACCAGCGCUCAGAUCCACAUUCUUUGGUUCCUAAUGUGAGAGGAUAGUCCCAGAUCAUGGAGGUGCUGCAGUGUGAUGGCUGUGAUUUCAGAGCCCCAUCUUAUGAAGAUCUCAAGGCACACAUCCAGGAUGUCCACACGGCAUUUCUGCAGCCAACUGAUGUUGCUGAGGACAAUGACAAUGAGCCACGAUCCGGGUCCAUGAAUGCCAGUAAUCAGACAGAGGUGGAGUUUUCUUCUAUAAAGGAUGAAUUUGCGAUUGCAGAGGAUUUAUCAGGUCAAAAUGCAGCUGCAUUGGGGACCGGAAGUUACUAUGGCCACAGUCCAGGAUAUUACGGUCAGCAUAUUGCCCCUAAUCCCAAACCAACAAACAAGUUUUUUCAAUGCAAGUUCUGCGUACGCUACUUCAGGUCAAAAAACCUCCUCAUAGAACACACUAGGAAGGUGCAUGGAGCCCAAGCUGAAGGGAGUUCAGCAGGACCCCCUGUCCCAGGAUCCUUAAAUUAUAAUAUCAUGAUGCAUGAGGGAUUUGGAAAGGUCUUCUCUUGCCAGUUUUGCACAUACAAGUCUCCAAGGAGGGCAAGAAUAAUUAAGCAUCAGAAGAUGUAUCACAAAAACAAUUUGAAGGAGACCGCAGCUCCUCCACCUGCUCCUGCUCCUAUGCCAGAUGCCGUGGUUCCGCCCAUGUCUCUGCAAGACCCCUGCAAGGAACUGCCAGCAGAGGUGGUGGAGCGCAGCAUCUUAGAAUCCAUGGUCAAACCUUUGACCAAGUCGAGAGGCAACUUUUGUUGUGAGUGGUGCAGCUACCAGACCCCCCGCCGAGAACGCUGGUGUGACCACAUGAUGAAGAAACACCGCAGUAUGGUCAAGAUUCUUUCCAGUCUCAGACAGCAACAAGAAGGGACUAAUCUACCUGAUGUGCAGAAUAAAGGUGCCGCCAGUCCUACAUCCAACUCUACAUAUCUGUCCAUGAAUGCUGCAAACCGGGAGAUACCCAACACUAACGUCUCCAACUUCAGGGGCUCCAUUGGCAACUCCAUUAUGAGACCCAAUUCUUCUUCAGCUUCCAAAUUUUCGCCCAUGUCUUACCCUCAGAUGAAGCCGAAGUCACCUCAUAACUCUGGCCUCAUUAACUUGUCAGAGAGAUCCCGUUAUGGAAUGACUGACAUGACCAAUUCUUCUGCUGACCUGGAAACUAACAGCAUGCUAAAUGACUCUAGUUCUGAUGAAGAGUUAAAUGAAAUAGACAGUGAGAACGGCUUAAAUGCUAUGGAUCACCAGACAUCAGCCCUAUCUGCAGAACAGCUGAUGGGUUCAGAUGGAAACAAAUUACUAGAGACCAAGGGCAUUCCAUUUAGAAGAUUCAUGAAUAGGUUCCAGUGCCCCUUUUGUCCUUUCCUCACCAUGCAUCGACGUAGCAUCUCUCGUCACAUAGAAAACAUCCACCUGUCUGGAAAGACAGCUGUCUACAAAUGUGACGAAUGUCCGUUUACUUGCAAGAGCUCAUUAAAACUUGGGGCUCAUAAACAGUGUCACACGGGUACAACGUCAGAUUGGGAUGCUGUGAACUCCCAGGGUGAAAGCAUUUCUUCUUCGCUGAAUGAAAGUGUGGUGUCUUACGAGAGCUCAAGCAUCAAUGGCAGAAAGGCAGGAGUAUUGCUGGAUCCUUUGCAGCAGCAGCAGCCGCCACAGCCACCGCCACCGCCGCCACCACCGCCGCCAUCACAACCACUGCAGCAGCCACAGCCGCCCCAGCUCCAACCACCGCAUCAGAUGCCACCCCAGCCUCAGCCACCACCAACCCAACCACCACAGCCACCCACUCAAGCCCCCCCCUUGCACCCUUACAAGUGCACCAUGUGUAAUUACUCCACCACGACUCUGAAAGGGCUAAGAGUCCAUCAGCAGCACAAACAUUCAUUUUGUGACAACUUGCCAAAAUUUGAGGGGCAACCCUCGAGCCUACCACUGGAAAACGAGACAGACAGCCACCCUUCUUCCAGCAACACUGUGAAGAAAAGUCAGACCUCAAUUCUUGGAUUAUCCUCCAAGAACAAUUUUGUAGCAAAGGCCUCUAGGAAGCUUGCUAAUGACUUUCCUCUCGAUUUAUCACCCGUGAAGAAAAGAACUAGGAUCGACGAGAUAGCAAGCAACCUGCAGAGCAAAAUUAACCAAACCAAACAGCAGGAAGAUGCAGUGAUCAAUGUUGAGGAUGACGAGGAGGAAGAGGAAGACAAUGAAGUGGAGAUAGAGGUUGAGCUGGACAGGGAGGAAGAGCCAACAGAACCUAUCAUGGAGGUGCCCACUUCCUUUACAGCCCAGCAGAUUUGGGUGAGAGACGCCAGUGAGCCCCAGAAGGAGCCCAACUUCAGAAGUGUCACCCAUGAUUACAAUGCAACCAAUGGGGCUGAGAUUGAGCUCACCCUUUCUGAAGAUGAAGAGGAUUAUUAUGGCUCCUCAGCAAACAUGAAAGAUCAUCAAGUUUCCAACACUGCUUUGCUGAAUACCCAAACUCCUAUCUAUGGAACUGAGCACAACAAUGAAAAUACAGACUUUGGUGACUCUGGAAGGCUUUACUAUUGCAAACACUGUGACUUUAACAACAAAUCUGCCCGGAGUGUUAGCACUCACUACCAACGAAUGCACCCGUACAUUAAGUUCAGCUUUCGGUACAUAUUGGACCCCAAUGACCACAGUGCAGUGUAUAGGUGCCUGGAAUGCUAUAUUGAUUACACCAAUUUUGAAGAUCUCCAGCAGCAUUAUGGUGAACAUCACCCUGAAGCCAUGAAUGUUCUCAACUUUGAUCAUUCGGACCUGAUAUACCGGUGUCGGUUUUGUUCCUACACAAGCCCAAAUGUUAGAAGCCUGAUGCCACAUUACCAAAGAAUGCAUCCCACAGUGAAGAUCAACAAUGCAAUGAUAUUUUCAAGUUAUGUUGUGGAGCAGCAGGAAGGGCUGAACACAGAAUCGCAGACCCUGAGGGAGAUUCUGAAUUCAGCUCCCAAGAACAUGGCGACCUCCACUCCCGUGGGUCGCGGUGGUGGUCUGCCAGCUACGUUCAAUAAAAGCACUCCUUCAAAGACCUUUACUCCAGAAUGUGAAAACCAGAAGGACCCUUCAGUCAACACCGUUGUCGUUUACGACUGUGACGUUUGCUCAUUCGCAAGCCCCAACAUGCAUUCUGUCUUGGUUCAUUAUCAGAAGAAACACCCUGAAGAAAAGGCCUCCUACUUUAGGAUCCAGAAAACCAUGCGCAUGGUGUCUGUGGACAGGGGCUCUGCCCUUUCCCAAUUAUCAUUUGAGGUGGGUGCUCCAAUGUCUCCCAAAAUGUCCAACAUGGGUUCCCCACCCCCCCCACAACCCCCGCCACCAGACCUCAGUACUGAGCUUUACUACUGCAAACACUGUUCCUACAGCAAUCGGUCAGUUGUGGGAGUGCUUGUUCACUACCAGAAAAGACACCCAGAAAUAAAGGUUACUGCCAAAUAUAUCAGGCAGGCUCCUCCCACAGCUGCAAUGAUGAGAGGGGCCGAAGGGCCACAAGGCUCUCCCCGGCCUCCUGCCCCCAUGCAACAGCUGAACCGGAGCAGUUCUGAGAGAGAUGGCCCUCCUGUGGAGAAUGAGAUGUUCUUUUGCCAGCACUGUGAUUAUGGGAACCGGACGGUCAAAGGUGUACUUAUUCAUUACCAGAAGAAGCACCGAGACUUCAAGGCCAAUGCAGACGUGAUCCGGCAGCACACAGCCACCAUCCGAAGCCUCUGUGACCGGAACCAGAAGAAGCCUGCCAGUUGUGUCCUUCUCCCCACCUCUGGUGUGGAGCGGGACAAAACGAAACUCCGAGCAUUGAAAUGUAAGCAGUGCUCUUAUACCUCCCCCUACUUCUAUGCACUGAGGAAGCAUAUCAAGAAAGACCACCCUGCCCUGAAGGCCACGGUCACGUCCAUCAUGCGAUGGGCAUUUUUAGAUGGCUUGAUAGAAGCUGGCUACCACUGUGAGUGGUGCAUCUAUUCCCACCCAGAGCCCAAUGGUUUGCUUCUGCAUUACCAAAGGAGGCAUCCAGAGCAUUAUGUUGAUUAUACUUACAUGGCUACCAAACUCUGGGCUGGGCCAGACCCAUCCCCUCCCUCUCUCACCAUGCCAGCUGAAGCCAAAACAUACAGAUGCAGGGACUGUGUUUUUGAAGCGAUGUCCAUCUGGGACAUCACUAAUCAUUACCAAGCAUUCCACCCCUGGGCCAUGAAUGGUGAUGAGUCAGUGCUGCUGGAUAUCAUCAAGGAGAAAGACGGUGUGGAGAAGCCCCUCCUGUCACCUGAAGAGUUGGCAGGCCCUAUGAAUUGUGAAAAUAGUAUGCCCAUCCCCCUCCCCGAGCAGGAAUUAGAAUGCUCAGAGGACGCACGACUCUCCCCAGAGAAAAGCAUACACCUCACUUCGGCCAACCCCGCCAUCUCCUCCACCCCCUACCAGUGCACAGUGUGCCAGUCGGAGUAUAACAACUUGCACGGCCUCCUCACUCACUACGGGAAGAAGCACCCUGGCAUGAAAGUGAAGGCUGCCGAUUUCGCCCAGGACAUUGACAUCAACCCAGGUGCCGUCUACAAAUGCAGGCAUUGUCCCUAUAUCAACACUCGUAUCCACGGCGUCUUGACCCACUACCAGAAGCGACACCCGGCCAUCAAGGUGACCGCCGAGGAUUUUGUGCACGACGUGGAGCAGUCUGCCGACAUCUCCCAGAACGAUGUGGAGGAGACCAGCAGGAUUUUCAAGCAAGGGUAUGGUGCCUACCGGUGCAAACUGUGUCCGUACACGCACGGCACUUUGGAGAAACUCAAAAUCCACUAUGAGAAGUACCACAAUCAGCCUGAAUUUGAUGUCUUUUCCCCUUCGCCCCCGAAGCUGCCAGUCUCCCUCGAGCCUGAGAUAACCACUGAAGUGAGCCCCUCCCAAAUCUCCAUGACUGAGGAGGAGGUGGGAGAGGAGCCUGUGUCCACUUCUCACUUCUCUACCUCGCACCUGGUCUCCCACACUGUGUUCCGGUGCCAGCUCUGCAAGUACUUCUGCUCCACGAGGAAGGGGAUUGCCAGGCACUACCGGAUCAAGCACAACAACGUCCGCGCCCAGCCCGAGGGCAAGAACAACCUCUUCAAGUGUGCCCUGUGUGCCUACACCAACCCCAUCCGCAAAGGGCUGGCAGCCCACUACCAGAAGCGUCACGACAUCGACGCGUAUUAUACCCACUGCCUGGCAGCAUCCCGGACCAUCAGCGACAAGCCCAACAAGGUGAUCAUCCCAUCCCCACCCAAGGACGACUCCCCACAGCUGAGCGAGGAACUCCGGCGGGCUGUGGAGAAGAAAAAGUGCUCCUUGUGCUCCUUCCAGUCGUUCAGCAAGAAGGGUAUUGUGUCCCAUUACAUGAAGCGCCACCCAGGGGUGUUCCCCAAGAAGCAGCACUCCAGCAAGCUGGGGGGCUACUUCACGGCCGUCUAUGCAGACGAGCACGAGAAGCCCACGCUGAUGGAGGAAGAGGAAAGAGGGAGCUUUGAGAAAGCCGAGGUGGAGGGGGAAGCUCAGGAAAUCGAGUGGCUCCCGUUUCGCUGCAUUAAAUGCUUCAAGCUGUCCUUCAGCACCGCGGAGCUGCUGUGCAUGCACUACACUGACCACCACAGCCGGGACCUAAAGAGGGACUUUGUCAUCCUGGGCAACGGCCCCCGCUUGCAGAACUCUACCUACCAGUGUAAGCACUGUGAUAGCAAAUUGCAAAGCACAGCCGAGCUGACCUCACACUUGAACAUUCACAAUGAGGAAUUCCAGAAGCGUGCCAAACGUCAGGAGAGGAGGAAACAGCUUUUGAGCAAGCAGAAAUAUGCAGAUGGUGCUUUUGCAGAUUUCAAACAAGAGAGGCCUUUUGGUCACUUAGAAGAGGUGCCAAAGAUCAAGGAGAGGAAAGUGGUGGGCUACAAGUGUAAAUUCUGUGUGGAAGUGCACCCAACGCUCCGAGCCAUCUGCAAUCACCUCCGGAAGCACGUCCAGUACGGCAAUGUUCCAGCCAUGUCGGCUGCCGUGAAGGGGCUGCGUUCUCAUGAGAGGAGCCACCUGGCCCUGGCCAUGUUCACCCGAGAGGACAAGUACAGCUGCCAGUAUUGCUCCUUUGUUUCUGCUUUCAGACACAAUUUGGAUCGCCAUAUGCAAACCCACCAUGGACACCAUAAACCAUUCCGAUGCAAACUCUGCUCCUUCAAGUCCUCCUAUAACAGCCGGCUGAAAACACAUAUACUCAAAGCACAUGCUGGUGAACAUGCCUACAAGUGUUCUUGGUGCUCAUUUUCCACCAUGACAAUCAGCCAGUUGAAGGAACACUCCCUCAAGGUCCAUGGAAAAGCCCUGACCCUCCCCCGGCCACGAAUUGUCAGCCUCCUCUCCUCACACACCCACCACUCCUCUCAAAAGGCUUCCCCAGCCGAAGAAGUGGAAGACUCCAAUGACUCAUCCUACUCAGAGCCCCCAGAUGUUCAGCAGCAGUUGAACCACUAUCAGUCAGCUGCCCUGGCCAGAAACAAUAGCCGAGUUAGCCCUGUGCCUCUUUCUGGAGCCGCUGCUGGCACUGAGCAGAAAACAGAAGCUGUUCUGCACUGCGAAUUCUGUGAAUUCUCCUCUGGCUACAUCCAGAGCAUUAGGCGCCAUUAUCGAGACAAGCACGGAGGAAAGAAGCUUUUCAAGUGCAAAGACUGCUCCUUUUAUACAGGCUUUAAAUCUGCUUUUACUAUGCACGUGGAAGCCGGGCAUUCGGCGGUUCCUGAGGAGGGCCCCAAAGAUCUCCGCUGUCCUCUCUGCCUCUAUCACACCAAAUACAAGCGCAACAUGAUCGACCACAUUGUGCUGCAUCGAGAAGAGCGAGUUGUCCCCAUUGAAGUGUGCCGUUCCAAACUAUCAAAAUACUUGCAGGGAGUAGUUUUCCGCUGUGAUAAGUGUACCUUCACCUGCUCCAGUGACGAGAGCCUCCAGCAACACAUAGAAAAGCACAAUGAACUGAAACCUUACAAAUGCCAGCUCUGCUACUAUGAGACCAAGCACACGGAGGAACUGGACAGUCACCUUCGGGAUGAGCAUAAGGUAAGCCGCAACUUCGAGCUGGUUGGACGGGUUAACUUGGACCAGCUGGAACAGAUGAAGGAAAAAAUGGAGAGCUCCAGCAGCGAUGAUGAGGACAAGGAGGAGGAAAUGAACAGCAAGGCUGAAGACAGAGAGCUGAUGAGAUUUUCUGACCAUGGGGCUGCUAUUAACCCUGAGAAGCGUUUUCCGUGUGAAUUCUGUGGACGGGCAUUUUCGCAGGGCUCUGAGUGGGAAAGACACGUGCUGAGACACGGCAUGUCAUUGAAUGACACCAAGCAAGUGAUCAGAGAAGAGCUCCACCCAAAGGAGAUGGUGGAGGACAGUAUCACAAUGCCCUCCAUAGAGGAAAAGGAAGACGAUGAGCCAAUCGGGAUAGACUUUUCCCUAAGAAGUGAAACAGUAGCCAUCUGUGUAGUAGCUGCCGACAAAUCUCUCCUGGAGAAUGCAGAGGCCAAAAAAGAAUAAGAGUUUGGUGAAAUUCUUAAUCAAACCGUACUUGAACCAUGAUGAAAAGGUGGGAGGGCCAGCAUGGGCUGCGAAGGGAGGGACAGUAAAGAGAAGACAGAACAAAGCUGCUUUUUAGGACUGAACAAUCUAUUUUCAAAGCACUGGUACCUGUGUGAGUGAGUAUGUAAAUUAAAGUUAUUUAAAUGGUUGGAA